AUGGUUGACCGGGGCCCUCUGCUUACCUCGGCCAUUAUCUUCUACCUGGCCAUCGGGGCGGCGAUCUUCGAGGUGCUAGAGGAGCCGUAUUGGAAAGAGGCCAAGACAAGCUAUUAUACCCAGAAAGUGCAUCUGCUCAAGGAGUUCCCGUGCCUGGGCAAGGAUGGUCUGGACAAGAUCCUGCAGAUAGUAUCUGAUGCUGCAGGACAGGGCGUGGCCAUCACAGGGAACCAGACCUUCAACAACUGGAACUGGCCCAACGCGAUGAUUUUUGCAGCCACAGUCAUCACCACCAUCGGUUACGGCAACGUGGCCCCCAAGACCCCCGCCGGGCGCCUCUUCUGUGUCUUCUACGGCCUCUUUGGGGUGCCGCUCUGUCUGACGUGGAUCAGUGCCCUGGGCAAGUUCUUCGGGGGACGCGCCAAGAGGUUGGGCCAGUUCCUCACCAAGAGAGGCGUGAGCCUGCGCAAGGCGCAGAUCACGUGCACAGCCAUCUUCAUCCUGUGGGGAGUGUUGGUCCACCUGGUGAUCCCGCCCUUCGUGUUCAUGGUGACGGAGGAGUGGGACUACAUCGAGGGCCUCUACUACUCCUUCAUCACCAUCUCCACCAUCGGCUUCGGCGACUUCGUGGCCGGUGUGAACCCCAGCGCCAACUACCACGCCCUGUACCGCUACUUCGUGGAGCUCUGGAUAUACCUGGGACUGGCCUGGCUGUCGUUGUUUGUCAACUGGAAGGUGAGCAUGUUCGUGGAGGUGCACAAGGCCAUUAAGAAGCGGCGCCGGCGGCGGAAAGAGUCCUUCGAGAGCUCCCCACACUCCAGGAAGGCCCUGCGGGUGGCGAGCGGUGCGGCGUCCAAGGACGUCAACAUCUUCAGCUUCCUGUCCAAGAAGGAGGAGACGUACAACGACCUCAUCAAGCAGAUCGGGAAGAAGGCCAUGAAAACCGGCGGUGGUGGGGAGCGGGGCCCGGGGCCGGGGCCCCCCAGGGGUGGGCUGCCAGCCCUGCCCGCCUCCCUGACUCCCCUGGUGGUCUACUCCAAGAGCCAAGCGUCCAGCUUGGAAGAGGUGUCCCAGACACUGCGGAGCAAAGGACACGUGUCGCGGCCCAGUGGAGAGGAGGCCAGGGCUGGAUCCCCCGAGGAGGGCUCCCCCACCUCCGAGGUGUUCAUUAACCAGCUGGACCGCAUCAGCGAGGAGGGCGAGCCAUGGGAUGCCCAGGACUACCACCCACUGAUCUUCCAGAACGCCGACAUCACUUUUGUGAACGAGGAGGCUGGCCUGUUGGACGAGGACACCUCCAAGUCCUCGCUGGAGGACAACCUGGCCGCCGAGGAGAGGCCCCAGGAGGGGGCCACAGCCGAGGCACCCCUGAACCUGGGCGAGUUCCCCUCCUCUGACGAGUCCACCUUCACCAGCACAGAGUCGGAGCUCUCCGUGCCUUACGAGCAGCUGAUGAACGAAUACAAUAAGGCAAAGUGCCCCCAAGGCACGUGA